AUUCAAUGCAUGAAGCCUAUAAAUUCACACAACUAGCAAACACGAAAAUUAUUUUCUUUUCUCUAAAUAUCGCUUCAAACUGUCUCAAAACUUCCAUCCUCUGAAUAACAUUAAUGGCGAAAAAGCAAGAAAGUAGUCCGUUACCGACAGAAAACACGCCACUCAUUGGCGCCGAAACCGUCCCUCUAUCCUCCCAACCCAAAACAUUCGCCAAUGUGUUCAUUGCCAUUGUUGGUGCAGGCGUUUUAGGCUUGCCUUACGCGUUUAAACGCACCGGAUGGCUCAUUAGUCUACUUUUGAUCUUUGGGGUGGCCGCCUUGACUUACUACUGCAUGAUGUUGUUGGUGUAUACCCGUCGAAAGCUUGAGUCUUUCAGUAAUGGGUUCGCAAAGAUUAAUUCUUUUGGUGAUCUUGGGUUCGCUGUGUGUGGUUCAAUUGGCCGGUUUUUGGUUGAUGUUAUGAUUAUUCUUUCUCAAGUUGGGUUUUGUAUUGGGUAUUUGAUAUUUAUUUCAAAUAGUUUAUUUAAUCUCCUUGAUCGAAAAAGUCUAUUGGGGUUAUCAGCAAAGGGAUUUUAUAUAUGGAUGUGUUUUCCUUUUCAGUUGGGGUUAAAUUCCAUAGCAACAUUAACCCAUUUGGCUCCUUUGAGUAUUUUUGCUGAUAUUGUUGAUUUAGGUGCCAUGGGUGUUGUAAUGGUGGAAGAUGUGGUUGUUCUUGCUAAGCAUAGGCCUGAAGUGCAGGCUUUUGGUGGUUGGUCUAUGCUUUUUUAUGGUAUGGGUGUGGUUCUUUAUACAUUUGAAGGGGUUGGUUUGAUUUUGCCUUUAGAGUCAGAGGCUGAAGACAAGGACAAGUUUGGGAGAACCUUAGGCUUGAGUAUGGCUUUUAUUGCAUUAAUGUAUGGAGGCUUUGGUGCAUUGGGAUAUAUUGCUUUUGGUGAUGCAACCAAGGACAUUAUAACUGCUAAUAUGGGGCCUGGAUUUCUCACUGCUUUGGUUAAUAUAGGCCUUUCAAUAAACUUGUUUUUCACUUUUCCCCUGUCCAUGAAUCCGGUCUAUGAGGUUGUCGAACGGCGGUAUUGUGGUGGGGAAUAUUGCCUUUGGAUGAGAUGGGUGUUGGUUUUCUUGGUAUGUAUGGUGGCAUUAUUUGUACCAAAUUUUGCAGAUUUCAUGUCUCUGGUUGGGAGUAGUGUGUGUGUUGGAUUAGCAUUUGUUUUGCCUGCAUUGUUUCACUUCCUGGUAUUCAAAGAAGAAAUGGAGACAAAAGAGUGGGUUUUGGACAUAGGCAUUGUUGUAUUGGGAAUUGCUCUUGCAAUCUCAGGAACUUGGUAUUCAUCGAAGGAGAUUUUAUCAGUGAAAGUAUGAAUAUCAACUGUGAACUUGGUAUACACUAGUGGGCAUUUUUUUUCCUAAUGUAUGGAGUUAACGAUGAAUAAUAUAUCAACUUUUGCUUGUCACAUUGUAUUAUUUGUUUCCUACAUUGUGAUGAGAAGUAUGAU